AUGGUUAUGCUUCUGAGAGACUGGAAACCGGAUUUUAACUUGCAGAGGGAUAUGUUGCGUACAAUUCCAAUUUGGGUGAAGCUCCCUCAUCUGCCUUUGUAUUUGUGGGGAAAACGCAGUCUGAGCAAGAUAGGAAGCGCGUUGGGAACUCCCUUGGUCACGGAUGAAUGCACAGCAAAUCGAUUGAGAGUCUCUUAUGCUCGCAUACUUGUUGAAAUUGAUAUCACCCAAGCCCCAGUUACAGAGAUAACAAUCAGGGAUACUGAAGGAAAUAGGAAGAAACAGCCAAUUGAAUAUGAGUGGAGACCAAAAUUUUGCCAAAGAUGUCAAAAGGUUGGUCAUAACUGUGAAGCAAGACAGCAACAGACUACAAAACUUUGGAAACCUAAAGAAGUCAAGCAGGUGGAGCAACAGGGCAUUAAAGAGAAGAGUACAGAAACUGCUGUCCCUGAAGAAGAACCUGCUUGGACUACUGUUGAAAGAAGUAGGAAAGGGAAAGAAGUUCUCAAGGAAGGCACCUCUGCAAUUCUGAGCCAUAACACCUUUGAAUCACUAAACCUUUUGAAUGAGGUUGUAGUGAUCCAAGACAAGACAUGA